AGUGCUUGCGCAGCGCUUCCUCAGUUAUUUGACUAAACGAUUCGCCAGCUAAGGGAUGACCAGACAUGCAUGUAUUUUCGCCGUUAUGUUGGCCAGUUCAUUGUGCGCGUUGCGAUUAGGCUUUCGCCGCAUUCCAUGGCAGAAGCUUGGUAUGAAGAAACGCACCCCCACCCCGGGAUCUCAUCGCUACAACAUAAGUGAGUAUAAGGAAUACAGCAUGGCAAGGCUUCUGUGCACUAAAGAGCCAAUAUGGUUAUACAACACAACCGGAAGCAUUGAUCGGGAAUGCGAAGUUGAUGGAAUGGAGAUGAUAAGCCGACUUGAAGUUUUCUUGCUGCGAUCAUACUACGAAAACGGAGCAAAGGUAUCCGCCCACAUUGAAGGAAGGUUUGAUCCAAGUGAUAAAAAGCGCAUGUUUCUUAAGAUUCCAACUGCGGCAAGAGCGAUUGUGCAAAGUCUUACUGAAGAGUUGGUGUACCUCAGCAAGAAGUUAAGAUGCGCAGUUAUUAAGAUCACAGUCGCUCCAGGUCUCCAAGGCACGGGUCUCGAAUAUGUCUAUGACCUCAGAGUUCGAACUCGUCCAUUAGCCAGGGGUCCUAGCCGGGGAUGUAUCGGGAAAUUUGCAAAGCUGGCAACAAGUUCUUCCCGCAUAUAUCAGCCACGUUGUCAGGACAUACUGCGCAAACAGAAUGAACAAAAACUUAUUAUUGAAGGAAAGGGAAAACCAAAAAACGACCAUCUUUAGUUUUCGGUUGCUGCAUGACCUUCUGUAGCGAAGAGCCUUUGGAUGCCAGUGAACAUUAUAUAAGCUUACCAAACAUAUUUACCUAAGCAAUUUACCUAUGGUGACAUGAGUGUCUCACCAUAUCAAUUUGAAUUGCCGCUUUGCUCAAUUUAUAUAAGGAAAACGUUUGACUACGUAACGUGGAGAGAAACAGUUAUAAUUCAACAUUUCCAUACUACUAUUUUCAAAUUUUCAUCAUUUCGUCUACAUUAUUCUCUGCAAAACCGACAGUAGGGUAUCUGCUAAAAAGCUCGGGAAUCCUUAAGUUUCUUUACAGGCAAAACCUCACUGAGGCUUCACUUGAAACUUUUUUGGUCAUGAAUUUUCUGUUCUUGCAGAAGUUUUCUCGCAAGCCACGUUUCGGUCUGUCUAUUUCUCCCGUAAACAUAAUGCAUCGGAAGUAGAAAUAAUAAGGAGUGUGAAAAUAUUUGAAAAAAAAAUUGAAUAAGAAAUCGAAUCGCGUUUUAUUCGCUACUGUACUCGAAUCGAACAGCGCAUACUAGAAAUACCCAAUAUUUUUCGAAUAUAUUUCAAAUAAUAAGCAUCGAUAAAAAUCCCGAGAGUAACGAAACGUUGGAACAAAGUGGGGUAACGGUUUGAUCACAGGAUGCAGGCGUUCAUCAUUCCACUAUCUUCAUCAUGACUUUCAUGGAGAUGUUGGCUCAGGAAUAUUGUUUAAUAUUUAUAAGUUCUAUUCAAAAGCUCUUCACAAAGUGCCAUCGGAAAUACUCUUGUCACAGCUGUAUUUCGACGUGCACUUACAAAAUAUUUCUAAGGCUCUAGUUGCUGCUGUAUACGAUUUUGUUGCAGUUUACAUAAUUGUAGUACUUUUUUCCUGGUUAAAAUUAUUCAUACUGUUUCUGUGUUAAAGCUGGUGAAUAUUUCUUUCGAAUAAACUGCUUUGGAAUUCAUCGGCUCUUUCAAAAAUGGUUCCAUCUGCCCAUUCUAGGGCUGCUUUAAAAAUGGUUUCCUUUCGAUUUGAAAACUAUUUCAAUAGUAUUCAGUUCGUAUCCGUGUUUGAUUCGGUGCCAUCGCUAUUCAAUUCGUAUUCGAUUCAGGCUCUAAACUUCGCUGUUCGGGCAUCCCUAGAAAUAGUUCCCAAGAUGGCGAAGUGUGUCGAAACAGGACAUGAGGCUGAAGGGCUGUAAACUGAGAGCUUCCGGCACUUUAUAUGCAAAUUCAGGACAAGACAUAGGAAGUAGUAAGAGUAAUCAUUUUGGGUGUGCGAACUCUUGCAGCAUUUUCUUGAUUUUUCACAGACACGAGAAGCCGUUCUUUUUCUUAGAGAUCACGCGGGAAAGUACAGUGCGAAGCCCAGUCUAUCAUAGUUUUCUCGAAUCUGAGUUUUCAGCUAGUUUAUAGCGCAGUCCAGCCUAUGCGUUUUGUGCGCGCUACUCUACGCGGCUGGCGUCUUUAAGUAGACCUGCGAGUCGCCGCGCCGCGCCGCCAGCACCACCGCCGCCGCCGAAGACGCAAGAAUGAUCACGACAUCCCCGACGCCACCGCGCAAUAAUUGCGGCCCGCCGCCGCUGGUCGUUUCGCUUAUACCGAACGCGGAAUAUGAAGAUAAGAUACAUAACUUGAACCGAAGUUGUGUCGUCCUCUCCUCCAGAAGUCUCACGAGUAUUGGCGCCCACCACUGGAAAAUCUGAGGUGCUAGGACAGGUGCUGCGGUGCGUCGGCUGGUUCGGGAACGCAGGCGCGCGCUGAUAACCAAAUUUUAGAAUGUCGCGUGCUCUGUAAUUUUGAUUAAAUGUGUACGUUUUUCACCUUUGGCUGUGCCUGGGGAAUAAUGGAAAGCAAUGCGAUAUGCAGUGUUUUUGAAUGCAUUUGAUAUGGAAAGCCAGCACUCGAUGCCUUAGUGUAGGACGUACGCAAUAGAGCCCGGUGUCAGCCUUCACACGUGUCGUCAGGGUGAGAAGUAGCGUGAAGCUUCGAUUCCCAUCGGCUGUAUACCUCAAAGAGGGUUGCAUUGUUAUUAGAUGUCAAGAAUCUUACAGCGGAGUUCAAUCCGGUGGUGGUGGUGUGCGGCGUGACCACCCCUACUACGCAUGCGCAAUCCCUCUCCUCUGUCCCUCUCCGCUCCCCUCUCCACUUCCCCCUUCACCACUCCCCUCUGAAACGCGGGCUCUACAUGCCGAAACACUGCUUCUCAUCGCCUCAUGGUACCCUUUAGCGGGAGAUGGUGUGAUUUUUUUUCACCUGAGGGAUUGUUCAGGAGAAGGCAAUGCCUGCCGUUAAAAGGAGUUGGCCCGUGUGAACAAAAAUGCUAGCAAAAAUAGGAAUGAGGCUGUCGCGUGACUGUUGAUCCACAAUCUUGAAAAUUCGCGUCAACAGUAAAACGCUCUAACAACUUGCACAUUGAGGUAUUUUUUUGCAGCAAAACCACAUAACACAGGUGCUCCGUUUAGGCCUAUUCUGUCAUAAAGAGAUUGAUGGACAUUAACGUUUCUAAAUUUCUUCAAAAUCAGCUUGUAACCUUGAAGGAUUUGGAUCAUUUUUGUAUGCCCAAAUAGUUUUUUUUACCUUCUUAACAAGUUCAACCCCUGGAAAUUGCAAUUUGUUAGCACUGCUGGGCAAGAUUUGUAUUAUAGCAUUCCACGUGGCCCUUAAUGACAAUUGUAAGAGCGUAUUAAAGAUGAUAAUGAUGAAUUGGAAUUUGCCAGCAAAUGUGGCGUAUCAGUACGAAGGUUCCUUGAAAUACUAUCAUUUUACUUACAGUCCACUUUUGUCGUAUGCAAUGAAGAAUUGUACAUACAAAGGUAUGGCAUAUGCAUAGGAUCACAGGUGGCUCCGAUCCUUAGCCCAAUUGUCUUGGGGUGGAUGAACAAAAAAAUUGCAUCUAACCUAAAUAACCUUGCCAAGAACAUCUUCCGAUAUGUGGAUGUUUACUUUGUCUUUGUUCAACACAGUGCGCUUGACAGAGCUGUAGUAGAUAUCUUAAAAUUGUUCAAGGAAUGUAGCAGAGGGCUACAAUGUACUUGUGAACUGCCAAGAGAUGCUGAACUGCAGUUUUUAGAUUUGACAUUACGACGUAAGCCAGACCAUGUUUGCUGGUCAUAAAGUCCGCGUUCAAAAAAGCCCCUGCUUAACUACUCCUCCGGCCACUCAAAGACCAUAAAAACGGCAUAGCCUACUCUUGCCUGCGCGCGGGACUGGCCAAGUCGUGUCCCGAAAACAUGAGUGAAAGUUUCAACAAACAUGUUGUUAGACUGAUAAGUGCAGGUUACGAGGAGCAUGUUCUGCGCAUAUCAGCGCAGAAGUUUGUUUGAGAUAUGCGCAAGGGCUUUAAAAUAUAAAGACUUCGAAGAAAUAAAUGCGUCGCAAUACCUUAUUCGCGCAGAAUGGCGCCUAAUCUAAAGAAUGUUGGCAGAAGGUACGGCUUGAAUGUUGUGUUUUCCGUACCAAACAAACUCGGGUAAGUAUGUGCAUGGCUGGAUUGUAAACUGUCGGCCAAAAAUGAUCGGUUCGAGUGCAUCACUAAGCAUGCCUCUCCGUUUGUACAGUUUAAAACCGCAGUUGUGUGUUGUUUGCCUCUGUCAUGUGGAAAUAUAUACAUCGGCCAAACUGGCCGGUGCGUUAACACACGACUUUAAGAGCGCAAGUGAUCACUACAAAACAAUGUUCAUUCACACAUUAAACGACAUUGCUUGGAAUGCACUGCACGUCGCUUUUCCCUGAAACUGAGAUACUUUCCAAUCACAAGGAUCAGCUGACCAGGGACGUGAUCGAGGCUUUCCACAUCACUAAAAGAAAAUAUGUUUGUACGAGGCAAGCAUCGAUUCUUCUGAGCGAAUGUGAAUUGUCUUUUUUAGAAGAUCGCUGGAAACUGUUAUAACUUGAAUGUCAUUGUUAC